AAAACUGGCACCGGCAGCAAACUCGAGCCUCCACCUCGGCACCGGCGCACGUGCACAUUUCCCUUCAGCUUUCCUGUCCGUUUUCUGCAAAACCACCGCAGACACGCGACAACACGCACCGCGGCGCUUGAACACCACCUCUGCGCGUUGUAAUCUCUACCUCUGUUUGUUCAUUCCGAUUUCAUUUGAAUGAUGAAGUGGCAGCGGCAGCUUUGAUUACUAUCAGAGCAGGAAUGUCCAGGAGGAAACAAGCAAAACCACGAUCAUUGAAAAGAGACGAGGAAGAGGAUGAAACGGAGCAAGGCGUGGUGGUGCACGCAGACGACAAAGACGGCUUCCGGCAGUCGCAACCUCCGCAAACACCCACUGGCCACGGAGACGGCGACGACGACUCUCCUGCCACUGCGUCAACAAUAAACAACACGCUGAAUUGUCAUCAACACCACGAAUGGCAGUCAAGAACAGCAGAGGAUGAUCCUGGCGAAGAGCUUGAUGACGAGAAUGCAGCUUCAAAUUCGAUUCUUGCAAAUGAGGAUGCUGAUGAGUUUUACCGGAGGCGCGUAGGCGGCGGCUCGUCUGGCGGCCCAGCCCUCGACGACCUGGAUCACAACAGUCUCGACUCUGAGGCACUCGGUUCGGAGCCAGGAAGCACCAGCAGCUGGAGGUCGGACAGCAGCAGCAGCAGCACCAUCGAGGAAGCGCCCGUUGAGGGCCCGAGCGCCGUGGCGGCCACCAAGGCGGCCGUCCCUGCUGGCCGCGCGUCCAGCGCCUCGUCCAGCUGCAGUUCCUCGGCCAGCAGCCAACCGCCGGACAGCGAACUCGGCUUCACGCUGGGGGUCACCGAGGCCACCCCCUACCCCUGCCAAUUCUGCGCCAAGGCGUUCCCGAGGCUCAACUACCUCAAAAAACAUGAGCAGAGCCACGCCGAACACAUGCCGUUCAGGUGCGAAUUCUGCUCGCGCCUCUUCAAGCACAAGCGGAGCAGGGACCGCCACGUCAAGCUGCACACCGGAGACCGCAAGUAUCGGUGCAACCAGUGCGAGGCCGCAUUUUCCAGAAGUGAUCAUCUGAAGAUCCACAUGAAGACGCACGACACGCAAAAGCCGUUCCAGUGCUCGGCGUGCAACCGCGGCUACAACACGGCGGCCGCGCUCACGUCGCACUCGCAGACGCACAAGCGGCCGCCGUCGCUGCCCGCCUCGCUGCCUCCUCGCAACAGCCCAAGGCAGAGUCCGCCCUCGGCGCCCCCUCGAAGGGUCACUCCGGCCCCAAGUCCGGCCGCCCCCGCGUUUCCGCGCAACCUCACGCCCACCCACCACCCGCACGACCUGCUCAGGGCCGCGCACCCUGCGGCCGCAGCUGCGGCCGCCGUGCUCUUCAACAGGGAGCUGCAGCAGGUGUUGCAGCACGAGGCCAGCUCGCCGCCGGGAAGCGCCAGGAGCGCCCUGAACGCGGCGGCCAUGGCCGCGGCCGCGCUGGCCCACUCGGCGGGCCUCCAGUUCCCGACGCCCACCCUCGCUUGUAUUUACUGCACCAAGGACGGCUUCACCAGCAUGGAACAACUGCAGCUCCACGUCCAGGCCAUGCAUGGUUCAAUUCUGAACGGCGAACGCGAAUAUCAGCCGCCGUCCCCAGGGCAUCACCUGAGCAGCGCCCGGCAGCCGCCCGUGAGUCCCAGCCAGCCAUACACGUGCGACUUCUGCACGAUGAAGUUCGACCACGUGCAGAGCCUGCACAAGCACACCCUGGCCGUUCAUGCUAUGUCCCCUGCCACCGCUUUUGGCGCCGACGUCGCCGAGCAGCUCAAGCCGACCGACCUGAGCAUCAACGGAAAAAGCAACGGCAAGUCGCCGGCGCGCCCCAACGACACCCUGUCGCAGAGCACGUACCUCUGCAACCAGUGCAACGCCCACUGUCCGGACUUUGAGUCCUUCCGGUCGCACCAACGGACGCACCUGGACGCCGAGCACGGCAAGAGCAGCCCGCCCAAAGCGCCGCGGCAGCCGAACCACGCGGCGCCGCCGACGCCGCUUUUCCAGUGUCCGGAAUGCUCCGAAGGCUUCCCCAAUGAGAAUCUGCUCGAGGUGCACUGCCUGGGCCACUUCCUCACCACCACCACCGAGUUCUCCUGCCAGAGCUGCCUCAAGUCCUUCCAACGACCCGACGAGCUGCAGAAGCACCUGAUGGACUCGCACUCGCAUCAACUGUUCCGGUGCGCCCUGUGCCGCGAAAUCUUCGACUCGCGCGUCGCCGCCCAGGUGCACUUCGCCGUCAAGCACAGCACCGAGAGUCGCGUCCUGCGCUGCGUCGCCUGCGGAGAAAACUCGGCCAAGUUCCGUUCGGAGAUCGAGUUCAGCCUGCACGUCAAGAUCCACCACCUGUCGCUGAUGGAGAAGCAGCAGACGCCGUUGCGCUGUUUGUACUGCAACGAGUUCUUCAAGUCGGAGGCCGAGCUGCAGUACCACGCGGCCAACUUCCACCAGAAGCUGUACCGGUGCAAGUUCUGCGACGACGCGUUCCACGUCGAGUUCCAGCUGGACAAGCACCUGGAGCACAAGCACAAGGAGGAGACGGGCAAGAAGUCGCCGCCGAAGCAGCAGCUCAAGUCGCCGGUGCAGGUCAGCCUGGUGUGCGCGUAUUGCCAGGAGUCGUGCAAGUCGCGCGCCGACCUCGAGGCGCACAUGAAGACGCACCACCAGACGCGGCCCUCGACCAACGGAACCAACGGCGUGCCCUUGGGACGCCACAAGUGCAACAUUUGCGACAUGGUGUGCGUGACCCCGGCGCUGCUGGCCGAACACAAACUGGCCACGCACUGCAAGGUGCUGCACGGCGACACGUGCAGCGUGUGCAAGGCCAGCAUCGGCGGCGAGGAACACUUCCUCAGCCACAUGCAGAAGCACUGUCCGGGCAGCGGCUCGGCCGACAUCGGCUUGCCCACGGCCUGCAUCAUCUGCAGACAGACCGUCACCUCGGAGCACGAGGUGCAGCUGCACGCCAAGUUCCACCUGCAGCAGAAGCAGCAGCAGAACAACCACCCCUCCGCAGGUGGGGUGUAUCCGAAGGAGCAGCUCGAGUGCAAGGAGUGCUCCGGACGCUUCGACUCGGUCAACGAACUCGAGUCGCACUUUUCCAAGUACCACCUGCGCAAGAACUCGUUCGAGUGCAUCUCGUGUCAGCUCAGCUUCCACACAGAGGCCGAGGUGCGCAACCACGUGGAGGUGGCGCACGCGCCCGACAGUGGGCAGCGGUGCCGGCUGUGCCAGGAGUCGUUCGACACGCCCCUGCGGCUGCAGGUGCACCUGAUCGAGCACACCUUUGUCGGGUGUCCGACCUUUGCGUGCUACCUGUGCGGCGCCGUGUUCACGGCCGCCACCGGGCUGCAGCGCCACAUGAACAGCCACGGCGCCAGCAACAAGCCGUACGACUGCUCCAAGUGCCACCUGCGCUUCUUCUUCCGCGCCGAGCUGGAGAAUCACCAAUUCGUGCACGUCGGCGAGGAGAUGAUGCUGGACAAGAAGCAGUUGAAGGAGGAGGAGGACGAUCACCGCUCGGAGGACGAGCAGAACGAGGCCAUCUCGCUGACCCUGCGCAAACGCAAGGGCGAAAUCAACGGCAACGAAAUCAGCAACGGCGGCGCCAUCGUGGACCCCGGCGCCGCCGAACUGGAGCUCAAGAAGUUGAAACUCGAGGCGCCCGAAGAGACGCAGGCCGCCUCGUAAUUUGUGCUCAAAAUUCGUAUUAUGUACUUGUGGAAAAAAUAUAUAAAUAAUUGUGUCCCUCCUCUUGUUGUUUUACAGCUAGAAGUCCAAUUAGACAGGCGUUUUGUAUAGAUUUUAAUCAAGAAAUAGAAGACGAGCAAUAAUUAUUGCAUCCUCUGAUGUAAGCAGAAAAAUAAAUUGUACUCUCGCUCAUAGAUGCAUAAUCAAUUAUUAUGAUAAAGCGUUUAAUUUUUCAUUUGCUGGAAAUAUCCACUUUGAUGAUUUUUAUUUACGGGGACCAAGUUUGUUGUUGUAACGAAAGAAGAAAGCUUUUUCAAAAUCCAAUUUCCGCAUAAUGUGCGCUGAAAUUUUUUUAAAGAAAAGCAAUAUAAAUUUUUACUUUGCUCUUCUUUUGUACAUACAAUGUUGCGCAGUGACUUUAUCCCAAUUUUCUGGUGCUUUUAAUUUAUUCUUAAGUGAUAGGUGGCAAAGUCUCCGCAGUUGUUUCAUAUUCAGUAGAUUUAAGUCCAUAUGUGUAAAAUUUGCAUCAUUCUCUUAAUCAAAAUCUCGUUUUUUCAACAAAAUGUAAUUUUUUUUAGAAAGGGAAUCGCUGAAAGUCUUGGACGUGUUGUAAUAAUCGGUUAUUUAAUUGUUAUGUUUGGGAAUGUGGUACUUUUGAAACUUCUCUGCCUCUUUCAGUAUUAUAAUAAAAAAUUUCCAGAGCAAUAUUGCAAAUUAUUUAACAUGUUAUCAUACUCGAAUACAUAAUAAAUUCUUCA